CGUCGGGUCUUAAAAUCAUCCUCUCGUUGACAUUUCAUGCUGUUGCUCUUAUUGAAUAACACUCGGAGCUUCAACAAUAAGUGGAAAUUAAACAAAAAGCAUCGUGUUUUGGAGUUUGAGACCGGGCACACGGCACUGGGAGGAUGUCUCAGCUUCUGAGGCUUCUCUCGGAGGCCGCUCUGCCUCUCUGCCGGGCCGGAGCAGCCCGAGCUCGGUUCUCCGCUGUGACUGCUAGUCGGCUCUUCGCAGCCGGGUUUCGGAGCUCCGCUGUCCCGAACGUCUCACGGACUCCAGCGAACCUCCUCUCCUGUCGCAGAUUUCAGACGGCCCAGAGACGGCUUUACUCCACUGAACCCAAAGAUGGAAAAGGAGGCGCAGGAGGAGGAGCAGGAAGAUCAGGUGGAGGGAAGAAAGGAGGAGGAGGAGGAGGAAACUGGUGGAGCCGAAUGCAAAAGGGAGACUUCCCCUGGGACGAGAAGGAUUUCCGUUACCUGGCGCUGACCGUGACCGGAAUCAGUUCAGCUCUGCUCUACUUUUACUUCAGAGACAACGGCCGAGAGAUCAGCUGGAAGGACUUUGUUCAUCACUUUGUGGGCAGAGGAAUGGUGGAGCGGUUAGAGGUCGUCAACAAACAGUACGUCAGAGUGAUCCUGGUGCCGGGAGCUGAUGCCGACGCGAGCUACGUUUGGUUCAACAUCGGCAGCGUGGACACCUUUGAGAGGAACCUGGAGGCGGCUAGCGUGGAGCUGGGUCUGGAGGCGUCACACCGACCUGCUGUUGUAUACAGCACCGAGAGCGACGGCUCCUUCAUGCUCAGCAUGAUCCCCACCCUGCUCCUCAUCAGCUUCCUGCUCCUCACCCUGAGGAGAGGACCAAUGGGAGGAGGCGCCGGCGGUGGGAGAGGCGGGCCCUUCAGCAUGAGCGAAUCCACGGCCAAGAUGAUGAAGGACAACAUCGACGUGAAGUUCAAAGACGUGGCCGGCUGCGAGGAGGCCAAACUGGAGAUCCUCGAGUUUGUGAACUUCCUGAAGAACCCACAGCAGUACCUGGACCUCGGAGCCAAGAUCCCCAAGGGCGCCGUGCUGUCAGGACCUCCGGGGACCGGAAAGACUCUGCUGGCUAAGGCGACGGCCGGCGAGGCCAACGUCCCGUUCAUCACCGUCAACGGCUCCGAGUUCCUGGAGAUGUUUGUGGGCGUCGGUCCUGCCAGGGUGAGGGACAUGUUCGCCAUGGCGAGGAAGAACGCGCCAUGCAUCCUCUUCAUCGAUGAGAUCGACGCCGUGGGGAGAAAGAGAGGCGGGGGGAACUUUGGGGGUCAGAGCGAGCAGGAGAACACGCUGAACCAGCUGCUGGUCGAAAUGGACGGUUUUAACACGGCUACCAACGUGGUGGUCCUGGCUGGAACGAACAGACCGGACAUCCUGGAUCCGGCUCUGAUGAGACCGGGACGCUUCGACAGACAGAUCUACAUCGGUCCUCCAGACAUCAAAGGCCGAGCAUCCAUCUUUAAAGUCCACCUGAGGCCGAUCAAACUGGAUCCCCUCAUGGACAAAGAUGUCCUCGCCAGGAAGAUGGCCGCCGCCACACCAGGAUUCACCGGAGCCGACAUCGCCAACGUCUGCAACGAGGCGGCGCUGAUCGCCGCCCGACACCUGGACUCGUCCGUCAACGCCAAACACUUUGAACAGGCCAUCGACCGGGUCAUUGGAGGUCUGGAGAAGAAGACUCAGGUCCUGCAGCCCACAGAGAAGAAGACGGUGGCCUAUCACGAGGCGGGUCACGCCAUCGUGGGCUGGUUCCUGCAGCACGCCGACCCGCUGCUGAAAGUGUCGAUCAUCCCGCGGGGUAAAGGUCUGGGCUACGCUCAGUACCUGCCCAGAGAGCAGUACCUGUACAGCAGAGAGCAGCUGUUCGACAGGAUGUGUAUGAUGCUCGGGGGCCGCGUGGCCGAGCACACCUUCUUUGGCAGGAUCACCACCGGAGCUCAGGACGACCUGAAGAAGGUCACACAGUCGGCCUACGCCCAGGUGGUGCAGUUUGGGAUGAGCGAGAAGGUGGGGCAGUUGUCAUUCGAUCUGCCCCGGCAGGGCGAGAUGGUGAUGGAGAAGCCGUACAGCGAGGCCACGGCGGAGCUGAUCGACGAGGAGGUCAGGGAGCUGGUGGACCGAGCGUACCAGAGGACCAUGCAGCUGAUCGAGGAGAAGAGGGAGCUGGUGGAGAUGGUGGGGCAGCGUCUCCUGAUGAAAGAGGUCCUGGACAAGGCGGACAUGUUGGAGCUUCUGGGCCCGCGGCCGUUCGAGGAGAAGUCGACGUACGAGGAGUUCGUGGAGGGGACGGGGAGCUUUGAGGAGGACACGAGUCUGCCUGAGGGCCUCAAAGACUGGAACCAGGAGAGAGGAGAGGAGGAGGCGACGACCCAGACUCAGGAAAAACAGCAGGCCAUGUAGAGACGGAGCAGACAGAGCUGCGUUUUCAGAGAGCCUGGGGAUGUUUCAGAAACACCUUCCUCACGUUAGUAAAUCAGCUUGUUCUUUAUUCUUCUGUACGCUCGGUUAAAAAGGCUCAAUAAGACUUUACAGCAAUAACUGCUCAGGUUCAUACAACUCCUCCUCCUUCACAUCUUCAAACACACAAUUUUUUGUAUUCACAUAUUUGGACGACUUGAGCACACAGCCGGCAGCAGUGAAACCGGCUGUGACUCUUUCUUUGAGGCGUCCUCUAAAAGUUGUUUUUGACACCGACAGGCUCAGAUUGUUUCACUAAAAGUGCUUUCACAUUAGGGACCCGGGGCCGGAUCCGAGUACGCUUGACCCCAAAGUCCGGCUCAUUUGAUCAGCGAUUACACAAACGGUAGAGGAGGUGGUCUCGGCCAUGAUUGAUGUGUACUCGGAAGGCUCCUGUCGCUUCAAAAACCGUCGUAGCCGCUCAGCAGGGGGCCUGUUCCAUCCUCUGAGCUGCAUAGUAGAUUUGGAAGUAGAAAGAGGGGUCAUUGUUGGUUUUUUAGAAAUAACAAAAACAUCCACAGUUAGCAGGAUGCACUCCAGUCUGUGAGUGGUUGCCAUGGUUACUUCUUUCUGCUUCUUGGCAGAUUUGCAGAACCAACUAUGUGCAUACUGCCCUCUGCUGGAUCGGACUGUGUACAUACAGAAGAGUACAGAGCGAUGUAAUUAAUGUGAAUGCAGACCAGCGGGGGGAGAGGGGAGGAAUCGCGCUCGGGGACGAUAUGAAACGAUGGCGCCUCAUGUGAAAACGCCCUUCAUGAACAGAAAUUGCAGACAGACUCCAGCACACUGUCCGUGUCAUCAUCGCACACAUACGUUGUAAAGUUUGAGUUUGAGAUAAAUAACUUGGUCCAGAUCAAGUUGAAACGUUCACAUAAACUUCUGUAACUUUAAACUCUUGUUAAGCCCGGCAGGUAUGACUGUAUUAAAGUCGCGCUGGACCUUCAGAAACAUGUGGUAUCCCAAACUGUGAUUUGACGUCACUGAAGUAGAAGAUCAGUCUGAGCCUGUCGGUCGUUUGAAAUCGUCUUUGUGUCAACCGGAUGAACUCAAGUUUAAAUAUCUUUAGCUCCGGUUUAAUCUCCACCAGCACAUCAGAAACAAAAAAACACAGAUUACUGAUUACUGGGGUUUCCAAGUGUUUGAAAGCUUCAACGUUCAGACGAGAAGAAGUGGGAGUCGAGAAGUUAAAGAGAGAUUUUAUUUAAAGAGACAGUGCGUUUAAUGUGUUUGAUGAGAAGUGAGACCCGCCCGGCUCUGCACCAAGAAGAACGUUUAAGGAUCCUCAAAGCUGCCUUCAACAGGAGACCAACAUCGACUGAUUCAUGUGUCAGUGUGUAAACGAUGCACACGUCCCGUCAGCGUGUCGACAGACUGAUUUGUCUUUUUAUUUAUUAUCUAUAGAAAUUAAGUUUUUCGCUCUUUGACUGAAGACUCGACGGGAAGACAAACUGAAGAACUUUUUUGGAGCGGAGCCGUCACAUUUUUAUCAGAUUUAAAUAUUUUGAAGUGAUUUUUGAUUUCUGUAAAGUUACUGCUGAUGUUUUUUUUUCUUGGAUUCACUGUAAAAAACUGAGCGAUUGAGAUUUCCCCCGGCGUUGAUUUCUUUCCUAUAAACACACUGAUGCUGUAAAAAAAAAAACUGUAAACUGUUUGUGUAAUAACUGCUGCUGUCUGAGGAUUAAUUAAUCACGUCUUUAAUCACACUUUUAUUUUGAAGUUUUGUACUGUCUCAGGGCGCACUCACACUAGAUGAGACAAUCAGUAGUGUGCCUGAGCAUGCUUCACUCAAGCAGUAACCUCUAGUGUUGAAAGAUGAAGCCAAUGUGGAAGUGUAAAAUCCUGCAGUUCCUCUAGUGUCCACUAGAGGCUGGCUGCAGGAACACAGGAAGUCACAUACACACCCGUUCAAAAAAGCCUGUUUUUACAGCUGGUUCAAAAAAAAUUAUUUCAGACCUGAAUUAAUCGUGGUUAACUCAUGAACUCUGACCUCCUUUAACCCAUCUUAAAGCAGCUACAUCUUCACUUCAUGAUGUGACAGGAGAAGGUUUAAUUUUCUCUCUGAUGGAUUUUUAUUUAAAACUUCUUCAACACAGAAGUCAAAGUUUAGUUUUUUUAUGUCUUCAGUGAAUUCAACGUUUCUUCCAAUCAGCUUUCAUAUUUACAGGAUGAUUAAAAAAAUCAAAGACUUGA